AUGGCAAGCGAGGGACACCAGUUUAGGAAGUUGAAGGUCCCAAAGCUUCACAGGAAAUAUGGCAUGAACAUUGAGGCAAAGACCUUCUACGAGUCUAGGAAUAUGUUUGACGACGACAAGUUCACCUGGGUGGAACAUGCGCCGACCAUGCUUCCCGAAGCCUCCCGCCACAGGUUCGACAGCGCUGCUAUCCAUAUCUACAAGAAGUGCGCAGACGAGAAGACCUUCAAUAACGUGUCCAUGUAUGACACAUCGUUCAUCAAGAUCCAGAGUCCGAUCAUCCUCGAGAAGCUCCGAGACAUCAUGAAGGAUAUGGACGUGUAUUUUGGCGAGAUGAGCGUUGAAAUCCAGAAACCCUUCCAGCCGCUAUACUUUGCCUGGGAUCAAAUAAAGCUCCUAUACCAGAGCUCGGCCGACGACGUCGACACUGAGGUCCAUGAUCAUAUUGGCGUCUUGUACGACUUCAUGACCACUGAGAUGAAGGGCACCCACGAUCGCAUCCUGUCGCUCCAUCGGGAAGGCCGCAUCACGUUUGACCUGGUGUGGACGCUUUUCCCAAAGGGCGUGUUUGUGUUGUCUUUCCGGAAUGGCUACCGACAGGCAAUGCGAGUCCUGUCGUGUGCUCGAAGGGACCGCAACGACCCCUGGUACAUCAGAUGCGAGUACGUCCAAUACAACGGAUACGAGUACGGGCUUUCCGAGCGGUACUUUUCUGUCCGGCACUUCUUUGACACUAAGCCCAUCACAUCGCUCGACAUCUAUCCUUGGAAGUAUGUUCACGACAGUUCGUUGAAGCAGGCCCUGAUUGAUAGAGGGCGAGAUGUUCUCGAUUAUCAAUCAAAGCACUAUCUUCAGUAUGCGGGACUCGCACUCGACCCCUUCUCUCACGCUGUCUCAGACAGGUACGAGCCACGGGAUACCUUUCCAGGACGUAGCGGGGACGUGACCAGCAUAUCUAUUACUAAAUUCAAUAUCAAAGGCCGAAUCAUGGUUGAUGCCUAUCUGUUUGCGCGGUCUCACGAAGGCCUGAGGAAAGACAUUAGAUCCUUUCGAAACAAAGAUCCGCAUAAGGAUCAGACUGCAGUCCCGGGCACAAAAAAUCUGACCAAGAACCAUGAAGAUAAGAGUGCUAAAGACCGCGCGAGGGCAACCGCUGAGAGCCACGCUUAUCACAUACGGGCACGGCCUGACGAUGACCAGAUCCGAGCGAAUCGCAAAGAGGUUGAAAGAAACGACGACUACCUCUUGUGCAUGUCUCCCCUGCUAGAUGGCUUCUCGUUCAGCGAUAAAAAGUGGUUCCACUUUCUUGUCGAAUGCAUCAAACCAGUGGCAUUCCAGCUAAAGGCAUUUGACCACCUGGUAAUGCCCGCUAGACAGAAGGAAUUACUUCUCGCCUUUGCGAAAGAUCAAGACGAAAAGGUUCGCGAGCUUGAUGAUGUCGUCGUUGGGAAAGGGCAAGGAUUGCUAGUCCUCUUGAGCGGCCCUCCUGGAACUGGCAAAACCUUGACCGCGGAAGCCAUUUCCGAGCGCGUCAAGAGGCCUCUCUAUCAUGUCGACACUCACGAGAUCGGGUCAGCCGUCGAAACGCUGAGCCUCCGACUACGUCAAAUAAUGAACAUGGCAGCUGAGUGGAAUGCCAUUGUGCUUCUAGACGAGGCCGAUGUUUUUCUCCAAAAGCGAUCGAUGGACCACUCACAAAGAAACGAGUCUAUUGCAGUCUUUCUUAGAGAGCUUGAGUACUACCGAGGUACCAUGUUUCUCACCACGAAUCUCGUUGACGCCAUUGACGAGGCCAUGGAGUCCCGCGUGCACGUCCACGUAAAGUUCCAGAGGCUCCCACCCGUGUCACGCCAGACCAUCUGGACAAACUUCCUGGCAGAGAUGCCUGUCUACGGGUCCACAGUGUCCGAGGCCGAGAUCAAGGAGCUAGCAGCCUGGACGUUGAACGGUCGCCAGAUCAAGAAUGUCAUACACAUGGCCAUCAAGUGGUGUGCCCAGAAUAAACUGCCGCUGGAUUUUGUCAGUGUGGAGCACGUUAUACGAUUGACUUGCCCUGGUGCAACAAAGUCGGAGCCUCUGUCGGAGGUGAAUGGGGGUGAGCAGAGGUUAGUCAGGACGUUGAGCGGUAUGGAAAGACACGGUUUGGUAGAUACGGCAGUUCCAAUUCGCUAA